AUGUCGGUCUGUUCUUGUUUUACUGCUUUUCUUUUCAAGAAACCAACCAUUCUUGUGUCUGAUGUUGCUGAAAGCUCAAACAAUUUGCCACCGUUGAGGAAUUUGAAUGGUUUUGAUUCUGCUCCUAAAGUCGUUCUCACCGACGAGGAACUGCAUGAGAAUGCUGUUUUUGUGGCACAACCUCCCCGUGACAUUCCACGACCACAAUCUAUUGCUUCGACCACCAGCACUGAAAACGGAGAUGCUGCCGAUAUGUCAGACAGUCAAGUGAUCGCUCAGCGAACAGAAAUGCUGACGCUUCUUCACAUGAUUUGCGUGUGGAAGACCAACAGCGAGAAUGCUUACGAUCGAGUCCUACUGUCAGAAGAAAUCGCAUUCCAACUGCUGAUGCUUCACCUUGUAGCUCUUCAAAUGAUAGGUUGGAAAGCACUAACGGUCGAAACAGCACUACUACAACGAUCUCUAUUGACUACGAAGGAUAGACGGUUGAAGAAGUUGCACUUCGCAGCGAAUGAAUUCUAUUCAGUUCAGAAACUGUUUCUGAAGUACUUGAGGGACAUGGGAGAGGUAUAUCCGGAAUAUGUUAUGGAAUACGGAAAGCGCUUUGGGAAAGAUUUACUGGCACAUCAAGGAUCUCAGCCACAUGUGGUGCGGCAGCUUCAACUUCACUAUGAACAACUCAUUCGUGUACACCAACUUCUACUUGAGGAGUUUUCUUCACGACUUAGUGUUUGGGAUUCCUUGAAGCCGAACAUGGCUGACGUAAUCAUCAAAUACGCUGACUUUUUGAAAAUCUGUAAACCAUUUCUGCUAGAAAAGUCGCGUUUUGUUCAAGAAUUAACUCAGCUUCGUAUUGAAAAUAAGGACUUCGACAAUGCAACAGUUGCGUUUGAGCAGAAAAUUUUCAAUCGUGGUGUUGGUGCCGUUGUUCAACAGCUGGAUCAGAAUGGUAGUGAGGAGCAGAAGAAAACUCUAGAGGCCAUCGCAAAGUUGGAGAAGAUUGCACAGUCUGUUAACGAAUCGAUGGGUUUGCCGAGCAACGAGGAGUUGUUUAAACUCUACGAUCGUUUCCAGUGUCAUUUCGAUGUUUUCUAUCCGGGUCGGAGAUUGAUACGUCAAGGAGAAGUUUUCAAGCAGACUCGGAAGGAACCACAACCACGGUAUCUUGUGCUAUUUUCCGACAUAUUAUGGAUUUGUCGAGUUAUGUCGGGCUUUGGCUCCUCUGGUCUUUUCGAUAUGAGUCGAUCUUACGGAAUUCCUAUCGAAACUGUCCGAACUGAGAGCAACUCCCAUGAGGACUAUGAGCAACAACUUUACGUGAAAAGCAAAUACAAGAGCCUAAUUCUCAUUAUGAGCAGUGCUCGUGAACGAAGUCAGUGGCAAAAGGAAAUCGACGAAGCUCGUGAGGAAAAACGUAAAUACAGAAGGCGCAUGAAUGAGGCUAUUGAGCGGCAAAGGAAACAAAGCUUGAAUCCUUUGGCAUUCGAAACUCCAGUAUCUGAGGACAAUUAUGUGGCUGAUGAAUGUCACAAUGGAAGUAGCGAUAGAGUUUUGCCUGCGAUUACUUGCGAUCUGCCGAAUGGACAAACGGCAUGUAAUGGUCAUCAUUUGGCAAUGUCCCGUCGCAACUCUGAUUCGCAAGAUUCUUCUCACCCAAGCACUCCAGUUGAUGACACGCCUGGGCCCUCUGUUACCAGUUCAGUGACUGGAAAACGAAAAGUGCUACGGGCCGAUACCAUGAAACCAUUGUGGAUUCCGGACGAUUCCGCAACAAAGUGUCUCAUGGAAGGGUGCGAUACCGAGUUUACUUUUCUGCAUCGUAGGCAUCACUGUCGCAAUUGUGGUUGGUUGAUAUGCUCUGAUUGUGUUGGAAAAGCACCGCUCUCUAAGUUUCAGUUCAAGAAGGAAAUUGUUUGUCCCGAGUGUUAUGACAUAUUAUCGCAAAGUAAUGCCUUAAUUCAGAAGUCGAGUCUCGUUGAGCCACAAACGCUCUUCGUCCCUCCGGUUAAUAGAAGGUUGAAGCGUAUGAACGUCAAAGAACGCAUGUUGCAGAACAAUGGACUUGUGUUCGGCAAGGUGGUGCUUAAGACAGCGAAAGGUGCUGAGGUUUUGCGAUACGCUCAGCUCUCUGAUGGCAUGGUGCUGAAAUUUUACAGGGCUCCUUUUGAUCAUGAACCAUGUGAACAGUAUGUGAUCUAUGGCUUUAAAUUGCGCGAAACGGAAAUGGAAGGCGGGGGAGCUCAAUUCGAUCUCGUUCAUCGUAAUCAAAUACGUACAGAUCGUAAAGAGCAUGUGAUAUCUUUUCGUGUCGAGCAUGAGAAAAGUGUGAAUAAGUAA